AGCGUCGGCGGCGAUUGCUCUUGUUUUGGCUUUUUAUUUCGACUGUGGUGCUCCAAAGUCCGGAUGGUGUCCGCUCCUGUUAUUUGGGCACUUUUGCCGAAUCGCUUCCGCGGACGGUCAACUGGCCGUCGGCAUCGACAUUCCUCGAUCCUUGGCGUCAAAUUGUGCCCUUUUUCUUUCAUCCGCCGGAAUUUUUGGACCGUUGGGCGAAGGCGGAUUUCGCCCUGCUGCAUGCCAGCCUCUCUCUGCCUUGUUCCAUCCUCCAACAUCAGCCGGAAGUAGUUUUGCUGCCGGAAGCCUGGAUUGAAUUCCUCCCGGCGUUGGAGGACGGUGCUCGAUAUGCGGCGGUCGACCAGCAGCCGGCCCGUCCGUAUUUCGACAUGUGCGACCUGUUCGGCGCAUCCAAUAUCAGUCGUGAUUCAGUUCCAGGAUGCCAAAAUUGGCAUCACCUUGAGGCGUGGAAACGUUUGCGGAUCUUUUACGACAUCCCGUCGCCCAUCCGAGCGGCCGAGGCCGCCACGGCGCAUCGCCUACAGUGCGGUGAAAGUGAAAAUAAUAGUAAUAGCAGCAGCAGCACUAGUGGCGGUGGUGGUGGUAGUAAUUCAACUUGGACUAUCCCAGUGUCUUCUAUGGUGAAACGAUGGAUGGCCGAACGGUCUCCCUGGACUAGAUCCAAUGCCACCAUGCCUAUAGCGAUUGUUUCCAGGCAUCAAUCGUUUUACGGCCGGCAUCACAGUUUACUAUCCGUCCAAGCCGAAUUGCAUCUCACCUAUUGGAUGGAUACUCGUUGCAUCGUUCCGUGGCCGAAGGAAGACGGAGAAGAUGCCACGACGGAUCGGUUAGCGAUGACUGCAGUGACGCCAUCUGUUCACUAUGGCGACGCCAGCAACCCAUCCGCAUCCGGCAGUGGCCGCGGAAGCAACAACACCCUGUGCCGUUUCCACCCACGGUGUCUCAUGUGCUGCGGUCUUUACUGCGACUUUGAAGAUCAACAGUGCAGAUGGCAAUGGUCGCGCUUCGUCCGGCGAGCAGCUACCGAAAUCAACGCCACCAUCUACUCGGCUCCUGAUCCGGCCAUGAUUAGCGGUCCGCUAGACGACGCAGAUGGCAGACCCACAGGUCACUUUCUGUACGUGGCCGGAGCGAUGGACAACCCGAAGGCGAUUGAAUUGUCCUCUCCUUGGUAUCAAGAAUCGGGUCCUUAUUGCAAACUCUCUGUGGCCCUGCACAUGAACAACAUGGAGGACGGCAACUUGAAGAUCGUCGUCGAGACUCGCAAUCACACGUGGGUCAUCGUCGAGACCCUUGGAAACGGCCUUCGAGAGUGGAGGACGCUGACUCAAAGCGUAGGAAGGAUCAGCCAACCUUUCCGGCUCAAGUUGGAGUUUACCGAAGGGAAAAAGAUCCCGUCCCACGCAGCAGUCGAUAACAUCCGCCUCCUCUCUUGUCUUACAGAAAUCCCGCCCAAUGGUCACUGCGAUUCGGCCAAACGAGCGUUCCGCUGCGAUGAUGGGCGCUGUCUACCCCGUGACCAGGUCUGUGACAUCAGCAAGGAUUGCCCGGGUGGUGAAGAUGAAGACCAAGAUUGCGACCAAGUUUUGGAAGGAUCGCGUUGCGAUUUCGAACGGGGCUGGUGCGGAUGGGUGAACAUGCUUCGCGACGAUCUGGAUUGGAGGCGACACAAUGGGUCGACCCCGACCCCGCAAACUGGGCCGGGUCACGACAAUACUUACAAAAACAGCACGGGCAUGUACGUCUAUGUUGACAUGUCGGAAACGAGACAGCUGGGUAAUGCGGCCGUCCUUCAGAGCACUCGAUUCCCGCCCCCGCCAAAGUACCACAGCAAUCCGGCCUCACCUUACUUCAAUUCGUGUCAGAUCCGAUUCUUCUAUCACCUGUACGGCCCACACAUUGGAGAUUUGGUGGUGCGCAUCGUCGAAGAAGAUCCGCGCUACGGACGCGACAACAAAUCGACCGACAUUUGGCGAGAGUCGCGCAAUUUGGGCGACUUGUGGCGCCGGGCAGCCGUCCCUCUGCCACCCAUCAAAAACUGGUACACGAUUCAGUUCAUCGGUAAAAGGGGCAUCCGCUUUCGGGGCGAUACGGCCAUCGACGACAUUUCCCUCAGUCCGGAAUGUUCCGGCGUUGGCGUUCCGAAAAAUGAGACGGCCGGUUGGCCACCGGAUCCGGCUCAUUACGACGAACCCAAAUUCAUUCGUUACACAUUGACGAGCUGCGGAGCCAAAGGCCGGAUGGGUCCUCAUCAGAAUCAAUGCACCAACGCCUACCAGGAUUCCGUGACUCAAGUCCAGGUGCUCAGCCAGGGCCGUUUGUCCGGCGUUCAAGUCUGGACGGCUCCCGUGACUGGACUGUACACGAUCAUCGCCAAGGGGGCCAGCGGUGGAUUGGGUCCGAGUUCAUCCGGAUCGCCCGGUCUGGCGGGUUACGGCGCCCGCGUCCGUGCUGUUUUCCCUUUUACCGCUGGGACGCAAAUUUACUUUCUAGUCGGCCAAGAAGGAGUGGCCGCCAUUCGAGACAAACCCAAGGAUCACUACAAUCGCAAUUCAAGCGAAUCCGGCGGCGGUGCUGCUGCUGCUGCCGGAGCUGGUCCUUCCGGCUCAUUCAACGGUGAAAUGCGAAGAGGCGGAGCUUUGGAAAAAGUCCGCGGUUUGCACAACGCAUCCAACGGGGUCCACGGAUCGGGAAACGGGGGUGGAGGAGGCGGAGCCACGUUCGUCUUCCAGAUGGACAGUCAAGGAAUUCCGAUCCCGUUGAUGGUGGCUGCAGGUGGCGGCGGAAUAGCCGCCAUUGGCCGCUUCAGCCCGCGUCCGGCUGAUCUUUCGCUGGUCCAGGGCAAAGGAUUUAACAGUUUCCUCUCUCGUCCGGGAAUGUCAGGCCAGGGCAGCUAUAAAGGAGCCGGCGGCGGGGGCGGAUGGAAUGGCAGCGCCGAGACGGAGGCUUUUGGCUUCUCGUUAUUGGAAGGCGGAUUGGGCGGAUUGUCGUGUAAUCCCAAAGCUGAAUGGCCAACCUACGGCGGAUUUGGUGGAGGCGGUGGCGGCUGCACCAACGGCGAAGGGGGCGGCGGUGGCGGAUACAAUGGAGGCAACGCCGCCGGCAAUUCCAGCGGAGAAGGUGGAUACUCGUUCGUUUCACUCGCGGCCAUCGAGCGGCUGACGGAUGUGGAAGAAGGUCAAAAUGCCGGGCCCGGCUCGCUGGACAUCAUGCCGGCCAUCCCGGAAGGAUGCGGAUGCGAGCAGCUCUGCAUCGUUCUCGAUCCAUCGCUGGAAGAGAAACAAUGCGUCUGUCCGCUCGUUUCCGGAAGUGAAUGGCCCAACGAGGAUAACGUCACAAAAUGCGCCGGUUUUAACGUGGAAGCCAGCUGGUUAGGUACUCCGCAUCUGGUGGGCACCGUCACGGCCGCCAUCGUGAUUUUUGUCGUCUUCAGCAUCAUCUGCUUUUGUCUCUAUACUCGAUAUCAACGUCAACAAUUGGCCGCUUUACGGCGCAAAGCCAUGGCGGCUCCUGAGCUGCAACUGAGCCGAUUGCGUGGACCUUCAUCCUCGAUGGUCUCGGAAUACAAUCCCAACUACGAAUUCGGUUCCGGCGCUCCUUGUUCCGUCCAGGGUCUCAAGGAAAUCCCUCGCGAGAACUUGAGACUCGUCAGAGCAUUGGGACAAGGAGCCUUUGGCGAAGUUUAUCAGGGCUACUUGCGUCAUGUCGCCGGGGAUACAGUCGAGAUGCCAGUUGCCGUCAAGGUUCUCCAGACAUUACCAGAACUUUCUUCCAAUCAAACGGAAAUGGAUUUCCUGAUGGAGGCCAUAAUAAUGUCGAAAUUUCAUCACGCCAAUAUCGUCCAUUUUAUUGGCAUUUGCUUCGAUAAACAUCCGAGAUUUAUUGUAUUGGAAUUGUUGUCCGGCGGCGAUCUCAAGACUUUCCUCAGAGAAUCCCGGCCUAAACCGGAACGCCCAUCGACGCUGACGAUGAGAGACUUGCUGAAAUGCGCUCUGGACGUGGCUAAAGGAUGUCGUUACCUGGAAGAAAAUCAUUUCAUUCACCGCGAUAUUGCCGCCCGGAAUUGUUUGCUGACGACCAAAGGACCCGGCCGAGUCGUCAAAAUCGCCGAUUUCGGCAUGUCGAGAGACAUCUACCGGGCGGAUUACUACCGCAAAGGAGGCAAGGCCAUGCUGCCCGUCAAAUGGAUGCCACCGGAAGCAUUUUUGGAAGGCGUUUUCACGUCGAAAACGGACGUUUGGUCGUUUGGUGUCCUGUUAUGGGAAGUCAUGUCAUUAGGGUACAUGCCCUAUCCGGGUCGAGGCAACCAGGAGGUGAUGCAGUUGGUCACCAGUGGCGGACGUCUAGAAGCUCCGCCAGGCUGUCCCGGCCCCGUCUACAGGAUCAUGGUCCACUGCUGGCACACGAAUCAGGAAGAGCGACCUUCAUUCGUCACUGUCCUAGAGCGGAUCGGCUAUUGUAUGCAAGAUCCUGAUGUGCUGGCCAUGCCCAUCCCCGUCUUCCAGAGGCCACUCUCACAGGAGCGAGACACUACAGUGGUGAGACCUCCUACCGGAUCCGACACGGCCGAUUGCCUGCGGGUAUUGCGUCCUCGCACGAGCAGCGGUAAUCUGCUGGCCGGCACGACAAUGAACGCCGGCGGAGCCGCUGGUCCGUCAUCUUCAACGAAUGCCAGCGACUAUUUGAUUCCAUUGAGCAAUCACCGUUCAUCCAGCGUGGAUUUGGCGGCUGCCGAUUCAAGCGGAAGUGUCGGUGACGUUGGCGGUGGUGGCGCAAGGCGCCCAUCCGGAUCAGAUCAAUGCGGCUACUGGGAGACGUCGUUCACCCGCGAAGGAGUCAAAGCCAUCGCCCGAGGAGAGGUUGUCCCAGAGAGCAACGGAAGCGCCGGCAACCUGAGCCUUGGAGAUUUGAGGUCGGCCAGCACCAAGCGACGCUCCAAGGGUUACGCCACCGUGCCGACUUUCGAGGCGCCCAAUCUGAGCCAAUCGCAGUCGAGUCAGCCAUUGCUGGGCACGCCUCCCGAUUCGCCAGCGGCCACAGACGACGACCCGGCCCUAACUGAAAUGACCGGCAACGGAGGAGCAGGAGGAGGAGGCCCUCUGGAUGCGUCCACAUUGUGUCGGCAGUCGUACGCCAACGUCCGCAUCGCCAAUCCAUCGGCAGCCGGAAGCACCGGCACUCCAUCACGCACCACUCCGCCAACGAAAGCCGAACGCUCCGUCAAACAGAAUGAAAUCAGCUGUUGAACGAUUUUUUUGAUUUGACAUGAAUUGAAUUAUUUUAAAAAGGUGGAAAACAAAAACAAAAAAAAAGUGGAGCUAAAAGCUGCACUCUAUCGUGAUACAUUAAAGUCAAAUUAAAAUAAUUAAUUGUUAAGAAAACAUAAGAAAAAAAAACACAAAUAAAAAUUUUACACGUAAUAAAAUUAAAGAAGAAGAAAAAGAAAACUGCUCAUGAGCUGCAACCGGUGAUGUGGUAUUAUCUGGUUUCUUUCUUUUCUUUUUAUCUUUUUCGUUAUCUAAUUUACAACAAAAAAGAGAAAAAAAAAAUCAGUUUUCUAUUCAUUAAAAAUUGUUUUUAAUUUGCCAAUGGGGGAGAUAAAAAGGAUGGAACGGGGCAAUCAAGUCGAUCUUGGAUCCUUUUGAAUUAAGAAUUAUCGACCGGAAAAAAAAUCACAAGUUACCAACGGAUAAUUCAUUGUACAUGUCUUGGAAUGUUUGUAGAUCCCUUGGUUAUUAUUACGGUCGUUGCAGGAGUUGUUGUGUCCGGUUAGAUCUUGUUUAUUUUUUUUUUCUUUGAUUUAUUUUUAUUGCAUUGUCUUAUCCGGCCAAGGACCCCGCUGUCUCCGAUUACUCUGACUUGUCACUUCCUUUUUAAGUUUCUUAACGAUAUAGAAGGUCGUGACGUGUGUGGUGUUUCUCUCUCUUUCUCUUUCUCUCUGUGUGUGUGUAUGUUUCAUUUUUGUUUCGUUUCUGUCUGGGCCAUCGGGUAGACGGCCCUCGAAAACUUUCUCUCUCUCGAUCCAUUCAAAGGAACACGGCGUCUCCCGCAAAGACGCCCGGAUAAAGAAACAAAUUUUGUAUUAUAUAAAAAUUACCAGUCGGUGUAUAUGAAUUGCUCAGCUCUCUUAUGUAUUUCAUUUUCUCUUUGCCCCGUUUCUCCUUCUGUCUCCCCCCACCCCCCUCUCCCAAAACGAAGAAGAAUAAGUCGGGCCAGGAAAAAUGUUAACAAAAAGAAAAUCUUGUUUUAAAUGUGAUUGUGUGUGCGUCUCUCGGUGUCUGCGUAUAUCUCUCAAUGGUGUGUCUGUUAGCUUCUUCCACUUGUGUUUACGCCAUCUAGCGGUCACCCGUUGUACCCCGUUCUCAAUUUUUCUUUUAUUUAUUUUUUGGGUUGGCAACGGAAGAGAAAAACAUCACACAGAGACACCAGUUGCGGAUUGUGAAAAUCGCCACUUUUAUUUUAUAGAGGGGGGGUUGUUGUCCGGCCCGGAUCGGCUAUAAAACAUAUACGCACACUGACAUGUAUGUGUUUAUGUAUCAACAUCCC